GUGGACAGGUGUCUUUUAUACAGGUAACGAGGUGAGGCAGGUGUAUUUGAUGUAGAUAAUUAAUUGGGAUUGGAGAUGUGUCUUAAAGAAAGACAAACUGGCUUGUAGGAGCCAGAAUACUUGCUGUUUGGUAGGGGCUCAAAUACUUGUUUUUCCUCAUCAGAUGGUUAUCCAUUUUUAUAAAUUCAUAUGAUGUGAAUUUCUUUCUCAAACAGCUUCCGCCAUUUGUGCAGCCAUGUGGCUGCUGGCCCUUGGGGGAGUCACUUCUCUGCUCACAUCAGGUCAAACCAUCCACCUAUCAGACCUGGGCAUCACCACCUGCCAUGAUGUGCAGGAUGUGGAGAAACUUCAGGCAUACUAUCUUGAUUUCUUUCCCAGCUACUCGUCCAUCUUCUUCUUUAUCCCGCUCAUCUUCACCAUUGUCUGUUACAUCCGCACCAUCCAGGCAUUGACAGCAGCUAAUGUGGAGAAUCACUCCAAGAAGACCAGGGUUGUGGUCAUGGUUGCAGUGGUGCUGGUGGUGUUUGUGGUUUGUUUCACUCCGACCAAUGUUAUUCUGGUGGUGCACUAGUCCAGCUGUAGCUACCAGGCCUACCUUCUGUCCAUGUGUCUGGGCAGCCUCAGCUGCUGCCUGGACCCUGUCCUCUAUUACUUUGGCUCCUCUCAGUGUCAGAGGGAAAUUUUGGUGCUGCUGAGGUGCAAACGACUGGCUCAGGGGGACAGCAGCUCAGGGACGCAAAGCACGAGAACCAGUGGGCGAACAGACAGCAGUAAGUUACGUAAGAUCAAGGUCGGGCCAAAUACCCAGUACAGCAGGCUGGUGGCCUGAGGAGCCACAUACACUCCUGUUUUGAUGUAUCAUCAUUUGAGCAGAAAAUUACUAGUCAGCAUUUAAAAAUGUUUAUAUUCAGAGAAAUUUUACCAGUUUUAUUGGUUUUACUUUAACAAAUAUUAA